GAGGGGAACCCCGUCACAUCCUCUGCCCAUAUUUGGGCAAGAGCCGUCCAGAGACAGCACACGGCGGGGAAUCCUCCUGCAGACGUAGAUGAUCGGUGGGCGGAGCCUCGGCGGAGCCGAAUGAUAUAAAAGCGGGAUGAGGAAUUCCGGUAAACGAAUCGACAGAGACCAGAACCUGAAGCAAGUCUAACUAGAAGGGAAUCCCAAAGCAGGAUUGCCAUUCUGAAAUAAUUCCUUGUGGAUUUUGCGCCAUUUUCCCAUCGACAUCAUGCUGAACACCGUGGACUUCAGCGCUUUGGAUCUGCUUUGCGCUCAAACCCUUCCUCUGGAGGGACAAUCCGCCGUUCAGAAUCAACCUGAUGCUGCUUGCGGUUUGUUGAAGCCCAAAGCGGAGCCGCUGGACGCCGGUUUCCCCGAUUGCUCCAACGAUGGCUUUCCGCCGUCCCCGCUCACCUACACCGGCAGCUUCUACACGGAGACCGGGCCGUGCAGCGCAGACGCGCUUCUCAACAUCCUCGCGGAGAUCGUCGGCAUCUCCGACAACUCUCGCGGAAGCGCGCUGUCGCGGCAGGAGUCGCUGUUGUCCACCGGGAGCUCGCUGGGCUCACCGGAGUCGCUGUGCAACGACUCGUCGGACGAAUUCGCGGAUGUGAACUUCUGCCCGGCGAUCAAGAGCGAGUUUAGCAGCAGCUGUAAUGGUGGCGAUCUGUUCGAAGGCUUCACUUCUCACGAGCCUUCAGACCUGGAUGACAUCAUUGACCUGCUCUCUCCAUUGGGUCCCGAGACCGACUCGGUUUUGGACACGUGGAUCAAGCAAGAGCCGCUGGAACAAGCGAGCGCGCUGAACUUCAUGCCCAACUUCCAGAUCCCCGUCACGGCGCAUGAAAACAGCCUCUACAGGGCCAUCUCGUACCCGUGCGCCACGACCGCGCUCCUGGACUCGCUGCUCGCCACCAACACGCGGAGCGCUAAACCGCGCGCCAGGAAGGGCGCGGCCCGCGAGAAGCCCUUUUCCUGCCCGGUUGAGAACUGCGAGCGCCGCUUCUCCCGCUCCGACGAGCUCACCCGCCACGUCCGCAUCCACACCGGCCACAAGCCCUUCCAGUGCCGCGUCUGCCUGCGCUGCUUCAGCCGCAGCGACCACCUCACCACCCACAUGCGCACGCACACCGGCGAGAAGCCGUUCUCCUGCGACGUGUGCGGGCGUCGCUUCGCGCGCAGCGACGAGAGGAAGCGGCACGGACGGGUGCAUCUCAAGCAACUCGAGAGGAUGCAGCAGAAGACGGAGCUCCUGGCCGCCACGUGCGCGUUUUCCCUCCCCGGACUCGUGUGAGCGCGAGGAGCGUCCUGUUGGUUCCGUUCUACCCGAAGUUUAUGCUCGCGCCGGCUCAUGCGCCAGAGCAGCUCUGCGGUCCGCAAGUGGAAGAGUCUAUAAUAAAGCCUGAAGCGAGCUUGGCAUGCGAGUGAAAGCUUAAAAACUCAUUGUCUGCAAAGCCAGACGUGUUUCAGCACUUCCAGUGGACAGCACCUCAAAGUUUCAGCUGUUGAAGUCGCACAAAACCAUGUUUUUCUACCUGCGCUCGAGAACGUUGAUCACUCAAACCUCAGAUGUUGUUUCUGGAACGUCCUGCAUGUCUUGAUGUGAACGUGUACUUGUUGUUUCACACUGCUGGCAUGCGUCACGCGUUGCAUUUUGAUACAUCACUUUAUAAAGCACACGAAAAGAGCUCUAUAUAUUUGUACGCUAUCGACUGUAAUUUUGUAUCGUCGAUUUUCAAGAGAGUAUACGAAGAAUCUAUCUUAUAGAUUUUCAUAAGUGACUGUAUUCCACUUUCGACAGUAGAAUGUGUUUGGUUGGUUCUUGGGAACCUGAAGCGCUAGAGUAUUUAAAACUUCAACAUCGUAGUUGAGUUGCAGUAGCACACUUGGAUGUGCAGAUUGGCCUCUGGAUUGUCCGGAGGUCGUUUCGAUAUUAUUGUCUUUUUGCCUUUGAAAACUGUUCUCGUGCAAUGACACGCUGUUAAAUGCCUUGUGAAUAUUUGAGGCUACUGAAUGUUUCAAAUAAAACUUUAU